AUGACGAGCGCGGAUGAUGCUGCGCUCCUGGCGCUCUUGACGGGCGACGACGUCCUGACGCUGCACAGCGACGAGAGCUCGCACGCGGCCAACGACAGCGACGACGUCCUCGAGGUGGUCGACGACGACAACGUGGGGGUCGGCGGAGGUCACCCGACUACGGGCUCUGGUGCGCCUGCUGUGACCAACAACACGGCGGAGCUGCGCUCGGUCUACUUGGGGCUUUGCGGUCUCCUCCACCUCAAGCCCCACCGUGCGCUCAUCCAAGGCGACAGCGCGCUGGUCCUCAAGUGGCUUGAUGGCAGUACGCGGUGCGCGAAACCCCUUCGUGCCGCCCGCAAUGCUGCCCUCGCGGUCCUCACACGCCUGCGCACCUACAACGUCCAGACAACGAUGUCCCAUAUUGGUCGCGGACACAAUGCGGUGGCCGACCAUCUUGCCAACCGUGCGAUGGGCAUCCCGUCGAUGGGGCUGCAGCCUGGCAACGGGUUGUUCUGCUCGUGCCCGUCACCGUCUCGCAGCUGUUGCCCCGACGGCAUGUCGCUGCUGGUGGGCCACGAUCCCCGCCAUGACGCUGGCGAGCCGCUGGUUGGGCCGUCUGGUGUCGCGCUUGGCCACUUUAGCUCCGCCACGCCAGCCCGUGCUCGGGGCUCUGCAGCGCCGCGGCCGCCAGCCUCUGCUGCCAUGCCGCCAGUGCCGACGAGCUCCGUGGACGACGUGGACGACGAACCUGAGGCGUGCCUUAAUGGCGGUGAUGGCGGCACGACGACUUCGUAUGCGACGCUCCGGGCCUCAUAUUUACGGGCGUCGGUGGCCGCUGCGGUGGCCACCUUGCCUGCGCCGCGCGUGUACCGCUGCAUGCUGCGCCUCCCCGUGCGGUCUUCUGGAUUGAACUCCGGGCCACUGAACGUGGUUGCGGAAGUCGUGCCUCAAGCUGAUGAUGAUGACGACGCGUCUGCUAUCUGGCUUUCGCAUCGACACUGCCCUGCGUACGCGGACGUUGGCCACGUGGUCUGCCGCAUUUACCUCGACGUUCUGCAUGCCUCGCUGCAUUGGCCUCGGGCUGCGUCAGGCUCUGUGCUCCGGUUUCUUGUGCCACACGACUGGCUGGCUCUGCUCCGUGGCCUCGCCUCGACAACGGCUCCUCAGACUCCUGCCCAUACCCAGUUCCAGCUUGUGGCCCCAUUGCUGCAGCAACCGGUUGUACUUGUCGGGGUCGACCACGCUGUGUCGUCGCGUCUUGAGCAGAUCGCCCGCCAGCAGCUCCCCCUGCAACGCUUAGCGCGCGACAUCUGCUACUGCGCUUCGAGACGCGGUGGCUGCCCCUUCCGGCCUCACUACGGCAUCCAUCCGCGCGCCGUCACCGUCUGCUACGCUGCCCUCGCCUGCAGCGCCGACUAG